AUGGAUACGGUAGAGAAGCAGAAUGGAAUGAAGUUGUUCUACAAAUACACGUUUGAGGACGUAAAGGUGAACGAUGAGUCGCUGAAGGCGCAUAUCAACAUCGCUAAGGUGUGUAUUGUCCCACACACGGCCACGAAGGAUGACCUGGGACACUUUGGUAAGAACAAUACGUCAAUUGUAGAGCGAUUUGUGGCACAUCUCAUGCAACAUGGUAGAAACUCAGGAAAGAAGAGACUUGCAAUCAAAUUGUUCAAGAAGGCAUGUGAGAUCAUGGAGAAGCGUGGAGUGAACCCAAUUCAGGCACUUGUUGAUGCCGUGAUAAAUGCGGGCCCACGUGAGAUUUCUGCUCGAGUUGGAAAGGGUGGAGCCAUGAAGAGGACUUCUGUUGAUGUGAGUCCAUUCAAGCGCGUAAACAAGGCACUUCAGUUUCUGUCUGAUGGAAUCAGAAGCAGUGCAUUCAACAACAAGAAGCAGAAUAUGCCUGAGAUCAUGGCUAAUGAAAUAAUGAAUGCAGCUGCAAAUCAGCAGACAUCGUAUGCUGUGAAGAAGAAGGAGGAAGUUGAGAGGAUUGCGAAGUCAAACAGAUAA